AGCUGUCUUAUUGUCAUUCGAUUCUUGUUGCUAAUGAUGAUGGGACUGGUGGUUUUGAGAGAAUUACUGCAACAAAUUCUAUUACUUCUUCUCUUUGGAUUUCACUUCAGAAAAUUUCCAAAAAUUGCCUCUAGCCCUACUUCUUGCAGUUGCAGAGGCGGGAAAGUUUCUUUCAUGUUGCUUUGAUUUGAAAAAAAGUUCUGUAUCGUAGCCUUAAUGUGAAGACUUCUUGUCCCAACUUCUGAAACUCUUCCAUUGUCAACUGAACUCAAGCGCCUCCUAUUAUUUUCAUCUCCGCAUUUAUGCAUUUAUGCCAAGAGCCUAUUGAUCUGCCUCCCCAAUUUAAAGGAGAAUGAAUUCCACAUCCACUCAGUUUGUCACCUCCGGAAGGAUGGGCAUCUAUGACCCUAUGCAUCAGAUUGGUAUGUGGGGAGAAAAUUUUAAGAGUAAUGGAAAUCCUAAUACUUCAACAAUGUUCAUAGCUGGUAAUCCAAAUGCGUCUGCAUCGAUGAUUAUAGCACCAGACACAAAGCUGGACAAUCAGUCAGAGGAUACUUCACAGGGUACUCUUGGACAUUCUAACAAGUAUGACCAAGAAGCAUCUAAACCUGCUGAUAAGGUACAAAGACGUCUUGCACAAAAUCGCGAGGCUGCUCGUAAAAGCCGUUUGCGGAAGAAGGCUUAUGUUCAGCAGUUAGAAUCAAGUCGUGUGAAGCUCAUUCAGUUGGAGCAGGAGCUUGACAGAGCUAGACAACAUGGCCUGUAUAUAGGUGGUGGAGUAGAUGCUAGUCAGCUAGGUUUUGGAGGACCUACAAACUCAGGGAUUGCAACUUUUGAGAUGGAGUAUGGGCACUGGUUGGAGGAGCAAAACAGACAUAUUUGUGACAUGAGGACUGCUUUAAACGAUCAUAUAAGUGAUGUAGAGCUCCGCAUACAUGUAGAGCGUGACAUGAGCCACUAUUUUGAACUUUUUCGCCUGAAAGCAACUGCAGCAAAAGCUGAUGUUUUCUAUGUGAUGUCUGGCUUGUGGAAAUCAUCGGCAGAAAGGUUUUUCUUGUGGAUUGGAGGGUUUCGCCCUUCAGAGCUUCUUAAGAUUCUCGUGCCUUGCAUGGAGCCCUUGACAGAACAGCAACUUGUGGAUGUUCUUAAUCUUAGACAAUCAUGCCAGCAAGCUGAAGAUGCUCUUUCACAAGGUUUGGAAAAACUCCAGCAAAAUGUAGCAGAGACUGUGGCAGCUGGUCAGUUGGGUGAAGCAAGUUACCAGUUGGGUGAAGCAAGUUACUCGCCUCAUAAGGAAACUGCAAUGGAGAAGUUAGAAGCUCUGGCCCGCUUUGUGCAGCAGGCAGACCAUAUACGCCAGGAAACUUUGCAGCAGAUGUCUCGGAUCUUAACAACACGUCAGGCAGCUCGAGGGCUGCUUGCCUUGGGAGAAUACUUCCAACGGCUUCGGGAUCUGAGUUCAGUUUGGGCAACUCGCCUACGUGAGCCUGCCUAGCUUCAUAUUAGGACCCUAUAGCUGGUCAAGAUCUCAAGGAGAUAAUCAUCACUGGAGCCAUACUCAGAAAGAAAAAGGUGUCUUAGGGUAAUGAUGUAAUCUUGUGUAGACAAUUCAAGCUGCUGACAUUUUUCAAGCAGCCUCCUACAACUGGAAAGUUUUAGAUAUAAAUAGCCAUUCUAUCAAGAGGAAGUUUGUGGUUAAAUCAAUUUUCAGUGCUGCUACUGUCUUGCCAUCAAAUGAUAUUUCACGUUGAGUCUGCAGAUGAAACUUUGUCAUGUAAAUUGUAGUCUGCUUGUGUUUGUAUUUUUGUUCUGCCUUGUACAUAAAUCGUGAGAAUUGCAAAUUAUUUGUUGCCUCCCA